AGAAGAUGAAGAUGUUACUUUGACCCCUGCUCGCUGUUCUGUUUAUUGUUAUGUCACUAAUUACCAUUCAACUAUGUCAGGUGGAUUUAUGUCUGUUUAUAUUUCUGGCCCCUAUUUAAUGACCCAGUUGUUAGUCUUGAUUAUGAGCAAAGGUCAGAGGUUCCCAUUCAAUGGGGCUCUCUCCAGGUCUCUUAUCCUGAUCCCUGAUUUGGAGAUGUAAACAGGAGAUUGUCAUCUCUGCUUACAACUUAUUUCUCAAAUGCAAUGUGCCGUAACUGUUAGAAACAACUUUAACAACUGAACCACCAGUCCAGUUCACUCAACCUAAGAAUUUUACAGUUGUUCCCUCUCCUGGAAUGACACACUUCACUGAAUCCCACAUCUUUACAAUGCUUCACUGGAGCCUUCUAUUUACAGUUUACAACUCAAAUAUUUGUUCACCUGAAAAACCCAUUCAGCCCUCAUUUAGGGUGUCAAAUUUUAAAUAUGUGGGGGUCUUCCUCCUAGCUCUAACCACAGUAACCCACCAAUGGAUCAACAGGUUCUGUAUUCACACCCUGUUCACCAGUUACAGCUUAUAACAUCACCUAAAACCACAACUUACCUCUUGGAAUCAUUAACUCUAUGACCUGUGGUCACUCUUAUCCAGUUGGAACAAUCUGUUCCAGUAAUAACUCUACUUUCAAACCAAAGAUGGCAUUGAGGACAGCAAAUCUAAAGAUUACUUCAGAUGAGUCUUGGACUACAAUGUUUAAUAAACAUUUAAAUCCCUUGUGGCAUCAUCAAGAAUGAGCUGGUUGCUGCCAGGUGGCGGAGAUUUGGUAGUUGGAUUGGUCUUCAAACAAAUCAACCAAUUUAAUGCACAGAAUAUGACCCCCACCGCUGAAAAUGAGAAGAGGUUCCAAAGCAGUAGUAGUAGUUUUUCCCGCUUGUCGCGCAGAUUCAGUCACAAAGAGAGGACUGAUGCCAGUAAUGGUAGCCAGCGUCAGCGUUCUGUUAGUGUUGACUUGACCGAGGGCAACCAUUCUUCUGUUGCAUCAUGGGAUUCCAGUAAUGAACCGCCAUCCUACUUGAGCCGUCCAAAUAAAAUGGCCUUGUCACUGACCACUGCCCACUAUCCUCAAGGACGCCUCAACAAUACAUUUUCAGCGACCCCGAGAAAGAAAGGUGGGGUAGCCCCUGAGAACAACAACAGCACCAGUAGCAGUACCAGCAACAACAACAACAACAACAACAGUGUGAUUAGCAGUGUUGGUAGCAGUAGUAGUGGUAACAGCAGCAGCAUCAGCAGCAGCAGCAUGACUGUGGUGAAACGUGGCAAAGGAGAGAAGAAAUCACCUCAUGACAUCACAGCUCUCUUUGAAGCAGUGGAGCAUCAAGAAUUUGAUCAAGUGAAACAUAUCUUGAAGACUAACAGUUUUGACUUAAACCGAUUAAAUAAUGAACACCUGACUGCCCUGGAUAUAGCUGUGAUGACCAACAAUAUUCCCAUGGCAAAGCUGUUACUUAGCUAUGGUGCCAAGGAGAACCCUUUAUUUGAAAAGGGAGAGUGCCGUGCUAGAACCCUGGACCAACUUGUAUCAGAAGCUGAGAAGAACAUGGUUGACCUCAUAGCUGCUGUUUUGAAUGGAUCUUCAGCCGGCAGCAAUGUUUCAUCACUACACCAGAAGGAGACUGAAAAACAGUUAACUCACUGGGAAUUCCGUCAUAAAUUAUUGAAACGAAUGAAAAGUGGUUACGACUUAGCUCGACCCCCUGAUGCGCCAACCAAUGCAUCAGUAAGUGUGGCCAGCAGUUCUUCUCUCCUGGUUAACUUUUCAGAACCACUCAACCAUAACGGAGCAGUUGUUACCAGCUACAAAGUUGAAUGGAGUAAAUCCAGUGAUUUUGUCAUCCUUGAAGGUGAGGCCAUUGUCCGAAGUCUCGAUAAUCUACAAUAUGAGAUUAUUGGUUUAGACAAAAACAGUUAUUAUUUUGUACAAGUGUCAGCAUUUAACAUGAAAGGAUAUGGACCGGCUACUUUAGCCACACCUUCCUCCGUCCAGCCAUCUAGUUGGCAUGAUGUUGACAACAUAGUCCCUCGCUCUCAAUGGAAAGUAAACACUCUUGAAGACUUAUUCUCUCAAGUUAGGCAGUCAAGACCCACAGAUGCACCUGCUAUCAAAGAGCCAUCGGGAGACUCACCAGUCCAGAGGAAAAGAAAAAGUUUAAAGAAUCUUUUCUCAUUAUCACCAAAAUUUCAGAAAUCCCUUCAAAGAGGGAUCUACCUAUCCUGCCUCUUGUAUCACAAAGACAAAAUCCUUGUCACUCCAGAAGAUCAGUUGCCAGUUGUGGAAGUUGAUGAGAAUUAUUCAAGCACCUCAAUACACACAGAUUUUUAUUGGCUUAUGAAGAUUGCCUGUACCUGGACAGAUGUGAAAUCACUGCGACAUGACAUGUACAAAAGUACAAGUGCCGGUUCCACACACUUCCGAGGUAAACUUCUCCAAGCAGCAGCUUUACUACAGAGUGCUUUAGGCAUCAGUGAUCUUGGACAGUUCUACCACCAGCCAUUAAAAGACAACAAUGGCAGCACCGUAUUAGUAUGUAUCAAGGAAAUCAAAGACACCAAAUUCCUGGCUCUUGGUUCUGGUAAAUGGGUGUCCUUGGCCAAACUUCACCGGAGAAUGACUGUUAUAGACCAAGACAGCAGUGAAGCGCAUGAACUACUCUUGAACUCUGCUGCGGAUAUGAUUCUUUACAACGACGUUAGUACAGUGCCAACACAACGAGGUUUAUACCUUGGCUACUUGAAGUUGGUCAGUUCCAUGGAGCUCAUCAAAGUUUUCACCCCAAACAAUGCGCCAAAUAUUUUACCACAUGUCAAAAUCAGGGACUGUCCAAAUGUAUCAAGAGAAGAAUGGUUGUGGUUACAGCAUUUUCGGAAAGGAGUUGAUGCCCUUCCAACUGCAUCUACCAUUCAGAAAGAUUUCCAUCGGAGUUUAAACAAAGCAAUCCAACAACUAUUAGAUCUGAUGGGAAUGGCUGACCAAGCAGAUAAUCAUAGGCUGUAUGAUCUUGAAGUGGUUGAGUUGAGUAAAGAUGUAGCAUUCUUGGUGUUACUUCCACCAACCGAAGAUGUUUGUAUAGUGCCAGGAAAGGAUAUUGAACCAUUCACCCAGUACACAGAACUGCUGACUUUGCCUGUUCAAGUCUUUGAAAUGAAUCACAUGACAACCUACCAACCAGAUUUAUUGUCUUUGUACUCUCGUCUAUCCUCUAUUUUGGAGUGUGACCUAGGACUUGCACAACAAGCACAGAGAGAGGCAUUUUCCUCUCCAGAAUUAGUUGCUGCCAAGGAACGGGUGGAUCUUUUGACCAAUCUUCAACUGGAAGCAGAGAAAAUAUGGAAAACUAACCGCUGGAUUAUGGAUAUAAUAACAUUUUCUCGAGACAAGACAAAGCGAGAUGGUGGAAUAGCAGUAAAAGCUCUUUUGUCACAGACUUAUGGACCUCAGGUUCUUGCAAUUGGAGAUAUUGGAAGAUUAACGAAUUCCAGUCACAGUUCUUUAAUGAGCAGCGACUCUUUAUUCUGUGAUUCCAAUUUGAUCAGUGUCGGCAAAGACAACAGGAAAAUUGCCAAGUUUUAUGAUCCAACACAAGAAAACAACAGCAACAACAAUCAAGAGAAUAGUAUGUUAAAGCAAACAUCAUCGUCCAAAACGGAUGUGAUUCGUGUUUAUGCAGCAUAUGAAACAGGGCUCGCAAAAGGUACGAGUGUCCGCUUAUGUGUAACGCACAAUACAACAGCAGAAGAAGUCGUUAGUUUGGUGGUGCAGGAAUUAAACAAGGAAGUAAUUAAAAAACAUUUAGAUGGUCCUGUUUAUGACGAACUGCACUUGAACAAUUUCUGCCUUGUGGUUUGUAGCACCGAAAACAAGGAGAAGCUGAUACCUGGUGACUGUAAGCUGAUGACUUUACAGAGUCCAUGGUGUAAAGGUAGAUAUUAUGUGAAGAUGAAAUCAGAGCAGGUUGUUGCCAUGGAAACAUCACAGGCUACCACUGUAUAAAUGGUAGACAGGAAUAUUCCAAAAGUCAACCCUGUUCAGGACUGAACUUGCAUUUGAAAGAGGAAAAACUCCAAACCUGUUGAUUCAUUGAAAUAUUUCCUCUUCUUUCAUUACACAACUUCCAAAAUUUAAUUUAUUUUCAAUAAUAUACCUCCAAAAGAUCUGUUGUCACUCAUAUAUGUGAAUACAUGCAUAUAUAUAUAUAUAUAUAUAUAUAUAAUAUAUAUAUAUAUAUAUAUAUAUAUAUAUAUAUAUAUAUACACACAUACACACAGACAUAUAAAAUGAAGAGCAAAAAAAAAAACAAAUCGAAGAGAAAUGAGCAUCCCAGGGUAGAAUUGAACCUACGUCCAUUUUUUAAUUCCGGCCGAAAAUUUUCUGACAUUUUAUCAAUACCUUAAAUACAUUAAUACAGGUUCACAUAUAUACAUUUGUGUGUGUAUAAGUGUGGCUACACAUAAACACACACACGUUUAUGAAAAGUGCUCCCGCAUGGCCUUAGCUGUGAUAGCUACAAUAAAACAAAAUAUAAUUUAUUUA